AUGUGUGUGUGGUCACCCUGCCGCCAGACGUCAACCUUUGAAUUUUUUCUUUUCUCCUACACGCCUCAUCCUCCCAACUCUCCUCUCUCUCUCUCCCAGUCGACUUCAUCGCCGACUUGA